CGCCAUAAUGGAAACAAUAAAUCCGGCGUUGUAAGUUGUUUAUGAAAAAUUAACUUACUAGUUUCAACUUAAAUACUUGAUAGUUUUAUUUCAUCUUGAGUUUAUUAUUUAGCACCUCUUUUCGUUUGCCGCAGAAUAUUUGUAAAUUAUAAACUUUUAUUUAAGUUGUUGAAAAGAAGAUAAUAUAAACUACUCAAGUCAUUCUAUCUAAUUAUUAUAAAAAUAUUUUGAAAUGGCGGCAAAUAUUGUUGGCGUUUUUCAUCCUGAAAUGCAAAACCUCAUAAAAAAUUCAAAAAUAUUAUUGGUUGGUGCUGGUGGUAUUGGAUGUGAAGUAUUAAAAAAUCUUGUGUUAACAGGUUUUAGUGAUAUUGAGGUUAUCGAUUUGGAUACUAUUGAUGUGAGUAACUUAAAUAGACAAUUUCUAUUCAACAAAGAUUCAGUUGGAAAAGCAAAGUCUCAUGUUGCUAAAGAAAGUGUAUUAAGAUUUAAUCCCAAUGUCAAUAUAAAUUCUCAUCUUGGUGACAUUAUGGAUAAAAAAUAUGGUGCAGCUUUUUUUAAGAAAUUUAAAUUAAUAAUUAAUGCCUUAGAUAAUCGUAAGGCACGUAACCAUGUAAACCGUAUGUGCAUAUCUGUUGAUGUACCACUUAUUGAAUCUGGAACAUUAGGCUACCAUGGUCAAGUUGAAUUAAUUAAGAAAGGUAUGACUCAAUGUUAUGAAUGUGUACCAAAAUCUGAACCAAAAUCAUUUCCUAUGUGUACUAUAAGAAACACUCCUAAGGAACCCAUCCACUGUAUUAUAUGGGCUAAGUUUUUGUUUGGCCAACUUUUCGGAGAAAUGGAAGAAGAUGUUUCUAUGGAUGAAAAAGGUGAAGGUGAGAGUAAAGUCUCAGCCCGUCAAUGGGCAAAAUCAAAUAAUUAUGAUCCUAUUAAAUUAUUCAAAAAAUUUUUUAUUGAUGACAUUCAAUAUUUGUUAAGCAUGGAAGACUUGUAUAAAAAUAAAGGAGUUAGGCCUGUUCCAUUUAAUGAGGAUAUUAUUAAAAAUAUUGAAGAAUCAAAAUACAAAAAUGAGCCUGAUACUGUAAUAUUAUCAUUAGAACAAUAUGUUGUAAUGUUUUUAGAUUGUGUCACAUCUAUUAAAGAAAAAUUUUUAAAAUCAAAUGAAUUUUUAGUUUGGGACAAGGAUGAUGAUGAUUAUAUGAAUUUUGUUGUUGCUUGUACAAAUAUUAGAUCAAAAAUAUUUAAUAUUGUAUUGAAAAGUCAUUUUGAUAUUAAAUCUAUGGCUGGCAAUAUUAUUCCUGCAAUUGCUACUGCUAAUGCUAUGGUUGGUGGACAAAUUGUAAUCCAUGCUUUAAGAAUAUUAAGAGGACAAUUUGAAAGAUGCCAAACUGUUUAUUUAAGAGAAAUGCCAAAUCACAAAGGUUUAUUUAUGGUUCGGGAUAAAAAGCUAAGUGAUCCCAAUAAAAAAUGUGCUGUUUGCACCAAUGAAGGACAAAUUAUUUUGUCUACUGAUAUUAAUACAUUUACUGUACGUCAAUUAGAUGAUUUAGUUUUGAAAAAAAAAUUAAAUGUUGUUGCACCUGAUGUUCUACUUAAUACAACACUAAUUAUAUCUAAUGAUGAAGAUGAUGAAUUAGAUUUAUAUUCUAAAACUUUAGAAGAAGUUGGUGUAAGGGAUGGAUCUAGAAUGGUUGUUCAAGAUUAUUUCCAAGAUUAUAAAAUCAAAAUUGAUAUUCACCAUAAAGAAAAAGUGGAAGAAGAAGAUCCAGAUUUUGAAGUUUUUGGAAAUUUGGAUGAACUCAAAAAGGCUGAACAAGAAAAAAAUGAUAAUAAUGAUGAAAAUGAAAGUGAUAAUGAAGAUUGUAUCAUGGAGUUACCAGAAGGAUCAGAAGAAAUUAAAAACAACAGUGUUGUAGAAUUAGACAUAGAUAAUGAUGAUGUGGUGGAAGUUGGCCAAGGUGAUGAAUUACCUAUAAAAAGAAAAUGUGCAGAUUUUGAAGAAAAUCUAGAACCAAAGAAAAUUAAAAUUAAUGAAUAAAUUGUCUUUGCUUUUCCUUUUUAUCAUAACUAUUUUCAAUAAGUAAAUUCUUUAAGAUAUUUUCAUUUAUGGUUCUGUAUGUACAAACUAUUAUAAAACUGACCAUAGUAUGUUCAUAUUCAUUUUGUAUUUGUAAUUAUUAGUAUUAUUGCACAUUUUAAACUGCAAGAACUAUCAGUGGUUAGUAAAUAUUUAAGUUGAGAAAUGCUAUUUUUCUUUAAUUUGAAAAAGAAUUCUAUGUUAAAAUAACUUUUAGAUAUGAUUAUAAUAUAUUUCUCACUUUUAUUUAUUUUUACAUGUUCAAAAUAAAUGACUACAAAUUUGUACAAAUGUACAUAUAUUUUUUAA